AUGGCCCAAGAGAAUGCUUUUGAUGAGGCUGUCGUUUCAGAGCCCCCAUUUGAGGUCGUCAUCCACACUGCUAAGACACAGGCCGAUUGGUGUCCUAUUACAGUGGACCAAGCGAACGAAAGCCCAGCAAACGCCUACCGAGCAAGCAAGACAUUCGCCGAACGAGCAGCCUGGGAUUUUGUUGAGAAGGAAAAGCCUCAUUUUGACCUGAGUGUGAUUAAUCCACCUCUAGUUCUCGGACCUAUCGCGCAUAAUUUGGCAUCGCUGAGCGCCCUCAACACCUCCAACCAGCGCAUUCGCGACCUGAUAACCGGCGCUGCCAAGGAUCGCUGCCCUCCAACAGGGAAUUAUCUAUAUGUCGAUGUUCGAGAUCUCGCACUGGCCCACGUCCUCGCUAUCGAAAAGGUUGAAGCUGGCGGCAAACGUUUCUUCACUGUGUCCAGCCACUUCUCUAACAAAGAAAUUGCGCAAAUAAUCGACCACGAAUUUCCUGAAUUCCGAUCUCGUUUACCGACUGGCGAGGCCUUGGUACCAGGUGAUUACCCGGCAGAUGGUGUGUAUGGGUUUGACAGUUCGCGCGCGCGAGAGAUUCUGGGACUGGAAUUCCGACCGUUGAAGGAGAGUAUUGUUGAUGCGGUAAAUAGUUUGUUGGCCGUCGAGCCGGAGAUCCAUCAGUCUUGA